CAAGAUGACUCCAUAGUUGAAAAGUCACUGAAGUCCUUAAAGGACAAAAACAAGAAGUUGGAAGAAGGAGGUCCUGUAUAUAGUCCAACAGAAGUGGAAGUUGUGAAAAAAUCUCUUGGACAGAGGAUUGUGGAUGAACUGAAGCACUAUUACCAUGGUUUUCGAUUACUGUGGAUUGACACAAAAAUAGCUGCAAGGAUGCUCUGGCGAAUACUUCAUGGAAACACUUUGUCUCGUCGAGAACGGAGACAGUUUCUUCGAAUAUGUGCUGAUCUUUUCCGCUUGGUCCCUUUCCUAGUUUUUCUUGUUGUUCCAUUUAUGGAAUUUUUGCUUCCAGUGGCUCUUAAGUUGUUCCCUAACAUGCUUCCCUCUACAUUUGAGACAAAGUCUAAAAAGGAGGAACGAUUGAAGAAAGAAUUGAGAGUAAAACUUGAACUGGCUAAAUUCCUUCAAGACACAAUUGAGGAGAUGGCCUUAAAAAAUAAAGCAGCCAAAGGAAAUGUUACAAAAGAUUUUUCAACAUUCUUUCAAAAGAUCAGGGAAACUGGUGAAAGACCCAGUAAUGAGGAGAUCUUAAGGUUCUCUAAACUGUUUGAAGAUGAGUUGACUCUGGACAAUUUAACCAGGCCUCAGCUGGUGGCCCUUUGUAAAUUGUUGGAACUUCAGUCAAUUGGGACAAAUAACUUUCUCCGCUUCCAGCUGACUAUGAGGUUGAGAAGCAUAAAAGCAGAUGACAAACUAAUUGCUGAAGAAGGAGUUGAUAGCCUGACUGUUAAAGAACUGCAGGCAGCUUGUCGUGCCCGAGGUAUGAGAGCUCUUGGUGUGACAGAGGAGCGUCUUAAGGAACAGCUUAAACAGUGGUUAGAUCUGCACCUGAACCAGGAAAUUCCUACUUCGUUGCUUAUUUUAUCGAGAGCCAUGUAUCUUCCAGAUACCCUUUCUCCAGCUGAUCAGCUCAAAACAACACUUCAGACACUACCAGAGAGUGUUGCCAAAGAGGCUCAAGUCAAAGUGGCAGAAGUUGAAGGUGAAAAAGUAGAUAACAAAGCACGGCUGGAAGCAACACUUCAGGAAGAGGAAGCCAUCAGGAAAGAAAAUGAAGAGAAAGAGAUGGAAAGAAUGUCUGAAGCUGCAGAGAAAGCCAAAGAAACCCUUCAAGUUGCAGCCAUGGUAAAGGUGGAAUCAGCAGUAGAUCUUGAAGCAGCUGCUCUGCAAGUUAAAAAAAGUCAGAUGGCUAUGGAUACUGAACAAGAACUGGCAAGGGCAGAUAUGGCGAUGCACUCGGAGACACUGAAAGAUACAGCACCAGUACUGGAAGGCAUUAAGGGUGAGGAGAUCACUAAGGAGGAGAUUGACAUGCUCAGUGAUGCUUGCACCAAGCUGCAGGAACAGAAAAAGUCACUAACAAAGGAAAAGGAGGAGCUUGAGGAAUUAAAGGAUGAUAUCCAAGAGUACAAUGAGGAUUUGCAAGAGAUAAAAGAGCUCUCUAAAACUGGCCAGGAAGAGGUAGUAGAAGAGUCAAAGGCAAGCAAGCGAUUGACCAAGAGGGUGAACCGAAUGAUUGGUCAGAUAGACAAAAUUAUUAAUGAAUUGGAGACAAGUCAAAAGACAGUCGAUGUAAAGCUGGACGGUGGCGAUAGUCCUCCUGCUGGGGAGAAUCUCAUCAGUAUUGCUGAGCUAAUUAAUGCAAUGAAACAAAUUCAGAAGAUUCCGGAGGAGAAGCUAACUAGGAUUGCAGAGGCACUAGACGGAAACAAGGAUGGCAAAAUUGAUAUAGAUAAUGUUGUUAAGGUAGUAGAAUUGAUUGACAAAGAAGAUAUUGAUAUUGGCACCAGUCAGGUUGCUGAGAUUAUGGCACUGCUUCAAAAAGAAGAAAAACUGGAAGAAAAAGAGAAAGCAAAGGAAAAGCAUGAUAAAGAAGCUGCAGAAGCAAAGAAUUAAGCUUCAGAAUCUGAAGCUAAUCCCAGUUGUAACCAAAACCUUGUAUAUUUUUCUGUGUCUAAUGGCUACAUAUUACUUCAGCUUUGUGAUUAUGGGAAGUGUUUUGAGCUGAUUCUAGUAAUAAAUCAUAGGUAUGUUUUCUGA